AUGGACUUGACCAGAAACGUGCUUCGUCUGUUCUUAAACAGGCCGCAACCGAAGGAGAUGGCACGCUGGAAAAUAUCUGCCAAGUUACUCACCGGAUUUGUGACCGACCUUCUUCAAGUUAUAAUCACCUUGGAUGCAGUGGGUCGCGUGAACUCCCAGUUCUACAUGGGGAUGGCUCUGCAGUUCUGGAUGUCGGCCAUUCUGAACUUGGCCGUAUCGCAGCAUUACCUGAUAAUGCUUUUAAUUCUGACGCAGUAUCAGCUACUCAACUCUGAGCUGCGACAGGUGGUCGACGAGAGUAAGGAGUUGAGCAGGAAUCCACCGCGACAGGGUGUUUUCAUGACCAGGUGUUGUUCCCUGGCGGAUCGGCUGGAGAGCAUAGCCCAGCUUCAGAGCCAGCUGCAGUCGAUUGUGCACCAAACGGAUCAAGUAUUUGGCGUCCAUGGGGUCACGGUCUACGGUGGUUAUUACAUGACCAUGGUUGCCACUGCUUACCUGACCUAUAGCAUUCUCAAAAAUGGCUACGAAGAGAUGCACAUGACCUUCAGAACUGUGAUCCUGAGCUACACUUGGUGGUUAGUUUACUACCUGGAUGGCGCGCUCAGUAUGUUCGUCAUAUUUUUUGUCCUGGACGAGCAUAAGAAGAUGUUGGUUCUUUUGGAGGAGAGAACAUUGUUUGCCACUGACUUGGAUGUGCGUCUGGAAGAAUCCGUAAGAUGUAUUUGA